AUGAAACCCAUAUUGGACAGUGGGCGAGAGACGACGUUGAAACUGGCGGAGUUAUUCCAAGAUGAUUGGCUUGACCAGAACUGGCACCCCAAGAUUCUCUGCUCGCAAACUGUAAACCCACUACCAGGACGUGAUGAAAGCCAAAUGCAGACUGCUGACACCUCGAAUGUGGAGUCAAGCCGGAGCGGUGGGUCGCAAAGUCCGGAGGAGUCGGGCCCGAGGGCCGGGACCGACGUCCGGUCUGACGUUGGAUCGGCCGGCAGCCGAUUGGAGUUGGCGGUGAGCAAUGGGACGGAGGAGGGAUCAUGUGACUGCGGUUCGGCAACGUCGGAAAGUCAGAUCAAGUCAGGAGGCAAUCCGGCAGUCGGUGUACAGAAGCCGGACUGGUUUCCGAGUCGAAGAUGGAUGAUAAUCUCAAGCCACGAGAAUCCUGCUGUGCCAGUGCCAUGGGGAAGCGAGCAAGGGUGGUGA